UGCUACGUGUCAAGAGACCGCCUUAAUAAUUGGGAAUGGUUUGACAAUCAGUCCCCACAAAGCUCAGAAACUAAAGUGGAAAUUACAAGCUCGAACUCUAGUAGCUAGGUGAACGGUGAUAAUUCUACAAGAUUCCUUCAGGAGAAAAUUAAAACAGCGAAUUGUUUAAAAGAAACUUUUGCUUUGAACACGGGUGUGACUCUUUCAAUUUCAUCUGAUGGGCAUGCUGCCUAAACUCUCAAGUAAGCUCGUCAAGUAUUCAUCCGCCCUUUGCCUUCUUCUUUUCUUCGCUGGGGCUGCAAAUGGGAUCAGAGAACGCUGGUUGCACCAUACAACGGAUGGAAGCAUUCACUUUCUCGCUAUCGCUGUUGCUAUUGCUGUGUUGAUUUCAAUAGCUGCCUAUCUGUACGGUUACCGAGAUUUUGCUAGAGGAUUCUGUCAUCUGUGGAUAGGCUUUCUCUUCAGCGUGUUGUCCUUCACGGAGAUCGCAUUCGACCAUUUGAUAGACUCUUUGCAUGACUUGGACUCGACAGAUAUUCUUAUAAUGACCAGCACUUGGGUACAUUGCUUCAAGAUUUUAUCAGAACGAAUUUGCACCUCUCCAACAUAUGAAUCGAAAUUCAUGACUACAGAAGAGUUCUUGCUUCUCCUUGGAUUCCUUUCAGGGUCAACGGGAACAAUGUAUUUUGGUAGCAUGCUCACAAUCAUUUCUGCAGUGAUGAUGCAUUUGCUGGCCUUUCACAUGAAAUCGAGCGUUUCUCUUCUAAGUGCUGCCUUGCUGUGCUUUUUAGGUGGUGCAUAUUACUUUCCAGCAAGUGAGGUCAACUACAAUCCAUUUAUCUUAUCAGCUUUUAUCAUCUACCUUUCGUUUGAAUCAUUGGUUGACAUUUAUUUCUCUAGACUGUCCCUUUUGGAAACAUGGAAAGAGUUUAUCUUCCAGAGUAGAUGCAUUCACAGAUUGCAGAUUCUUGCUGUGACAGUUUUGGAAGCCCUGUUUUACACAUUUAGUUCUCAGCUUAUUAAAGAUACUGAACUUCCAGUCUACAGACUACCGAUAUUUGUAUUUUUGUCCAUACCAUGGGUUGUGUUUCAUUUCAUGUUUAUUUUAACGUGCUGGGGAUUUGUUGGAAAACUAGAAGAAUGCACAAAUGUGGUGAAAGCAAGAGGAGAGCUUAGUGACAAUAGCAUGUCGGAAGUAAUGGCUUCCAAAGGUGUCCGUCACUUCUGUUUGGUGUCUCAGAUGGUCACACUAUACACACUUUCUUCAACAUCUCUGAUCAUAGCAUCAGCAUGGCAGGAAACAAACCCAGUAUUUAUCAGCAUGUUGUUGAUCAUUCUUCCUGUCGAACUACUUGUCUAUGAUAUUCUUACAAAGCUUGGGAAAUCUGUGGGAGGAACAGCCAUUGGUUAUGCUGUGGUUGCACCUGCACACAAGUACAGCCCAAGUGGUAAUGCUGUUCUUCUUGAAGAAACUGCCUUCCAGGCUGUCAAUACUAAGGCAAUGGAACUGAUAAUCAUUGUGUCCAGAUUCUUUUCUGGUCAUAUGAUUCACAACUUUGGAACAGACUUCUCAACAAGUGGGAUUUCAGCUGACUAUAUUGAAAAGAAAAUCACAUCCUUUUUUGAGCAGCGCAUCCUUCCAGGUUUACACUAUGACACUUACAUUCUGUAUUACAGUGGGCAUGUGACCAGUGAUGGUGACUGGGCUCUUACAGAAAAUAAAACACUCUCAUUGGAGACAAUCUUGAAGUGGUGGAGAAACAAAAAUUCAUCAACAGGAGCAAGGCUUCUGUUGUUUUUGGAUACUGCUCACUCAGACAAAUGGGUAGACGACAUUUGGAAAAUUGAAAAUGACUUCAUAGCAAUUCAAACUGGAAAAUUAACUGCUUCUUUUGACGAAGAGCUGGGAAAUACAUUUCCCUUGGGUGAGCUCACAAAGCUAUGGGAUGAUUUCGACACCACUGCAGCAAAACCUGAAAAUUACUGGGACAAAAACAGUGUGAAAGUGAAGCCAAUUUAUGGUGUUUCAAGGGAAUGGUGUUGUUUUAAGUUUCAUGAGCCAACAGUGGAAGAUAUUGCACAGCAUGUGGAGCAAAAUUUUCCUCGAGUUAUCAAACCAAUAACAAAGAUUUUCACCCACUUGCCAUGCAACACAAACAUGCUUAGUGUGUUUGACUGGUUCACACAUGGGUGUCGUCGAAUGAAGAUGCGAUGGUUCCCUCCAGCAGUUUAUGAUACUGGACAUGGAUUUAAUCUUGUGCGUUGAUGUUAAAAUUUUGAUUGGAUGUGAGCUUUGAAGUGAAAGCCAAACCCACGACUGCAUUGUAUUCUGUAAUUAGCAAUUAUCAAAGUAGAUAUGUAAAAGCUGGAACAAUCAAAAUGGAUGGAAUCCACCAAUUAUAAUAGAGAAUCAUGACCUGUCAAAUCCAACAACACAUCUCAGGUUUGCAUGGAGGUCUACAAUGUGCUCUACAGAAACAGAUGUUAUGAACAUUUCUGGUGUGUCUGUUUUUGCAUGAGGCAAUAAGCAAGAUCUUAUGUAAUCUUUACAAGGAUUUCCUAGACAUUUUCAGACCUAAGCAGAAACACUCAAAAACAGAUUCAUUACAAUUCUUUUGACAGCAGUUGUAUGAUUCUAAUAGUCUGUCAGUUUAUUAAUACUUAUCUUAAUUCUCUCAACAUGUUUUUUUGAUUGUGCAUUAGAAUGGUGAGAGGAAGUUAGAUACAUAUCAAAGUUAAUUUUCAGUGAA